AUGGCCACCCCAGCUUCCGACAUCGACCUUCUCCUAUCCAAAGUCACGAUCCAGGUCCUGGGCGCGUGGUGUCCUGCCCGCGCAGAACCCCUGCAAUGCUUCCGUCCAGUGCAUCGCACAUAUCAACAUCCACCAGCAGCGGUACUAGCUCCGCAAACCAGCACUCCUACCGCCACUUCCAUUCCCAGCGUCUGCGGCGGCUCCCUCCGAGUCUUGCACGAUGCGACUGGUGAACACGAGCCACGCGCGGUCGUAUACGAUCGCGACAUUGAGAAGAGCUUUGAGUGGGCGUUGGGAGAGGAGACGAUGCUCAUCGCCGUUGAGGCGUUUCUGGAUGACGAGCAUGGGCGAAUAGGCCAUGUCGACUCCGAGGCUACCUUGCUUCGUCGCUUCGCCGACUACGUGCGGACUCUCGGCACACAGCCCGUGACUGUGACGAUUUCCAGCCUCGUCAACGAUAUGCUGGCGCGCUAUGUGGACCUUGGCGAUGGCCGAGAGUCGUUUGCGUGGAGGGAUCACGUUGCAGUUCUGAGGAAGUUUGUCCUUGCUCAGGAAUGCUUCUUUUUCGACGCGGGUCGCUCGCCGGCUGUGCAAGUGACUUUUGAGUUGGCGAGACAGAAACCGGAUGGGCUUGAUAUUCAUUUGCAUUUUGCUUGGAAUCCUCCUGUCAUUGGGUUUCAUAACCUCUGCAAUGUUAUUUCUGAGGGCGAUCGGAUAUCCUUUCGACCUACCAUCGAAAAUGUGCGGCAAGAUGGACCCUCGCGCACGACGACCGAAUUCUUCAUUGGCCCUACGGAGACCUGGUUGAAAUGGGACGAGGCUUCAGAGAAGUUCGAAGGCAUCAUCCCCGGCCGAGUUGCCGCUCAAGUCGGUGCCGAACGCUUGGAUAGGUACACGAUCCAGCUCGACUUUACCGCCCGCCUUACCAACUGGUAUCCUGGGAACUUUGUGUGGGAGCGUCUGAUUCGGUGUGCUUUGCCUGUCACGGUCAAGCGGAAGCCAGCCACUUGCACGCCAUGUCGCUACAACAUCGCCAGUCCUCCGGUUCCACGAACAAAUGAUUCCAGACUCCUCCGUGGAACAGAAAGGCACCGCCCGUUGGCAAGACGCCUGCCCUUGCUGACUUCGCCGCUUCGAAAGACAACGCCCCGUUCGCGGCCGUCUGUGCUGAAACCGGACUUCGUCUCACGCCUUCCGUGGGGCGGUAAGGAAAACGAAGAUCUGAGCACGGAGGAAGCGGCAAAGUUACUGAAGUUGAAGGAAGAGCAACAGCCGAGGGGGCCACAAUCUCCUGUACGCCUUCACUCGCUGUCUUUGGCACGGUUUCACGAAGCGGUGGGUAUGCUUCCGCCUUCUCCGCCAUCCAGCCUCUCGGACUUCGAGGUGCGGACUGUUCGCCAUAUCGUCCACACUACGCCGGCGUCUGCUCGUCACGCUCGGAACGUUCCCUACGCGAGUUCUGCAGUCCCCAUCUCCGAGGACACUUUCUCUGACACAGUCGAUCUGGGCUCGACGCACAUUGACCGCAGAGGCCGUCUGGCAUCCCGGUCACCAUCGGCGAGCAAAAAUCGCACGCCCACUAACUCUGCUUUUUCAACGCCGGCAAAGAACAUCACCCCUCCAGCUGUGAUGUAUGAAAGCAGUCCCGAGAAGCGCGGCAGAUCGUCCAGACAACGCUCCCUCGCCAUCAAACACUGGAACAGCCGAUCGCCGUCCAUAAAGUCGAGGAUCCCACGCACAACGUGCUACUCUUGCGCCAUUCGGAAUCGUCGUUCUCGCUUCGGAGAGGAAAAUGGCGUCCAGACUUGCUUGACGUGCGCCAGUCCAAGCAAGCAUCAUGUCGAACGAAACUACAGUCGCAGCGACGGUAAUGAGAGUUACCAUCAACAAGAUCACAACGCGCCGAGCACGGUCGAUCUCGAGCCUCUCCCUACUCGCCCCGCGGGGCCGAAAGCGGAAGACAGUCCUCAGAAAGCUUCCCUCGAGGCCAAAGUCGAGGAUUGGCAGGUGCAGAUCCAGAAGAACUUCGAGGAGUUCGAGGCUCGCAAGCGGGAGGGAGUGGAGGAGAACUUGGACGUUACGAUGGAUGAUUUGGAGGACAGCGAUGAGAGUUUCUCGAUGCUGCAGGAUUCGUUGUAG